AUCAGAAAAAGGUUCAACCCAUUCACAACCCAAAAAACUUUUUGAGAAUCUUUCAUUCUUGAAAAAAGUGUAAGAAAUAAUAUGCACUCAUUUAAUGUAUUUUAAGAGCGCAAAUAACUCCACUCGGUGAAGAAAAAGGUCUCCUUUUUCCAAAAUUCACACAGAAUUUAUGCCUCAAACUCAUAGCGUGAGAAAUAAACUAUGGACAAAAUCUGAGAGUCCUGCAAUUUUCAAUACUGGAUAUCAACGACAACCGAGUCGUGUCACCAAAUGGAUGGAAAUUUGAAGAAUACUGGAGAAAUUAAAACCAACGGGUGAAAGAGAGGAAUAACUAAAACAAUACUUACUAUAGGGAUAUAUAACAGACAAGUGUGUGAUCAUCAGGCAGGAGAUUAAAUGAAGCGUAAUUCCACUCCACACCAGGUGGUGGAAGUAUGGAAUGGAAAUACUCUGUUUACUGACGAAUCCGAAAAGAAGGUCUCAUCAUGUCUACCUUCAAAUGUCAGACUCAGCUACUCCUAUCAGUUACAUGUAUUGCAUGAGAUGGCCACGCUUCUUCUCGUUACAUUGUAUGAAUACUCUCCACUCUUCUACAUUGCUGUGGUUUCUCUGUGUUUUCUCGUGACCGCUGCCAUCGUGCUGGGUUGGUUUGGCUUUGAUGUUCCAGUGUUUCUUCUGAGCCAUGAGGAUUCAGAGUCCACAGUGUCGACUCCUGAGAAACUAAUGGUUCAGGAGACCAAUCCGUUUUCUCUUGCACUGGGAUCUGGGCCAGCAUGUGUCAGUGAUGGUGUAUCACUGAAACCUUGCUGCUUGGAGCCUUGUGUACUGAGCUGUUUCUGGGGCUGUGAAGUCGGCGCUCUGCAGGAGGCGCUGCACACCCAUCAACAAAACCUAAGGUUCACAAGUCCUCAACACGUCCUUGAAGCGCUGCACCAUCGGUUCCACUACCAUCAAACAUUCUAUAUCUGCAGCAAGGACGAAAAGGAAUGUCACACCUGCAUCCCUGCUGACCAGAGGAUUCCAGAUUUUGGGCUGUUGCCAAGAAAACACUAUCCUCUCGUGGCUGUCCUGACUCUGGCAGAAACUGAGACCAGAAAUCUAUACAAUAUUGUGGCAAAUGUAAUCGUUAUUCACGUCCCUGAUGGGAAAUACAAUCUUUCUGCACGAAUUCUCUUCCAGUAUCUUCUUACCUCACAAGGUCACAUGCAUGAAUUAAAACCGCUCUUUAUGUCUGCUGAAGGUUCUGGGCAGCUGGCUGGAGGACAGAUGGACGGAAGUCCUGACCGAGGGGAGAGUGACUGGUCAGAGGAGACGGGUAGAAACUGUGUUGUAUGUCAGAAUGCAGCGGUCAACAGGGUGCUGCUGCCAUGCCGACACGCCUGCGUUUGUGACAGUUGCAUGUUGCAUUUUCAACACUGUCCAAUUUGCAGAGCCUUUGUCCUGGAAUCAUUUGCACUUAGACCAACAUUACAAAUAUAAUUUAUGUCAUAUGGACGAUGCACUACAAACAAGAUUGCUUAUCACCUUUAUAUGGCGUUAAAGAUCCUGUACUUGCAUGCAAACACACUGAGGUCUUUCAACUCAGCGUUGCUUCCAAGCUGCCUUUAUUUCCUCUUGUAUUAACACCUUCUAAUAAUCUGGUUUUAGAGAACCGAUGUCAAGAUGUCAGAUAUUAUCCAAGUUUUUUUUGUUGUUUGUUUUUGUGUCUAUCACUAAAUGAAACUCAUGUAUUAUUUAAUUUUAUUACAGAUAUAAAAUAUUACAGAAUAAAAUAUCUUAAGCCCUGUGCAAAUUAA